UUCGAGACAUGUCAAGUUGUUGUCUGCAACCCCCGCCGUGCGUGCGAGAGGCAGAGACAGAGGGGAGGAUGGAGAGCACAGUGGAAGUAGACAAAGGGCCAGUCCCGGAGCACCAAUCCAUCGCUGCUGCCCAACCACCACCCUCCCCUUCCGAAAUAGCUCAAAUGGUUUGUGGUUCUUGCCGUCGCCUGCUUAAAUAUUCACGAGGAGCCAGACAUGUUCAAUGCUCAUGCUGUCAGACGGUCAACUUUGUGCUAGAAGCUGAUCAGGUUGGACAAGUUAAAUGUGGUAGUUGUGCAGUGUUGCUGAUGUAUCAAUAUGGAGCUUCAUCCGUCAGGUGUUCCUCUUGCCAGUUUGUGACAGAAAUUGGAGAACACAACAAGCGUCCUCCAUGGUCUGUUCAACAGGGGCAACCACUUCCCCCUGCUAAUCCUGUUCAUUAAACUGCUUAUGUGAGGCGUGCCUAGAAAUUGUAGAGGAAAAUUUGUGACUAAUUUUAAACAUUUUGAACAUGCAGCAUGUAAUAAUGUGGUACUGUAUAUGAAAUUCAACUUUACACCUAUGGCAGAAACAUGUACCAUAUCAUAUUGCAAGAAUUAGUAAACGUAACAUCUUUCUUUUGGGGGAAAAAAGGUAACUGGAGACUUGAGCUCAAACAGUUGAAUGUUCAUUCAAUCAUCAGCCGGGAUGUCCUCGUCACUCUCCAGAAAUGAGCCCAGAGUCUUUCUCAGAAGGCUGAAAGUUCUGUCAUCCUGAGUUUAUAAACAGAAAAUGUGGUUUUGAGACAUGUUUAUAUAUACAUUGAGAUA